AUGCUUUUUUGGGAUGCAAUCCGACUCUAUGCCGGAGGAGAGGAUAAAGGCACACCAUCGCACUUCUUGAACAUACUUACUUCUCAGAACCAAUAUCAGCUGAGAAAGGUGUUUGAGGAAUUCGCUAAACUUUCCGGGGCCUCCAUCGAGAAGGCAAUUGAAAAGCAGUUUAGCGGUGACGUGCAAAAGAGCUACCUCACCAUCGUUAAAGCAUCCACUGACAAGCAAAAGUUCUUCGCUGAACAACUUCACUACUCGAUGAAGGGCUUAGGAACAAAUGACAAUGACCUAAUUCGGGUGCUGGUCAAUCGCUCAGAAGUCGAUCUCCAACUUAUCAAGGAGAUUUUCGAGGAAAUGUAUAAUCAGCCACUCGCCGAUUGGAUCAAGGAUGACACUUCCGGCCACUACCGCGACGCGCUGCUUGCCCUUGUAGCUGGGAACCGCCAACAGUAGAUCUUAACUACCUGUCAUUCAAUUCGUCAUUUCUACUUAUCACUUUGCUAUUUGUCUUUACUUCACUUCUAUCAGGAUUAUCGUCCGUGGACGCCACGUGCGUGACAGGACGUCAU